CUUUGUGAACGUCUUGUUUGAUCACUCACUCUCGUUGCGUGUGUGUGUGAAUCUCGUCCUUCCCCCGGGUUCGCUCUUCUACCGAGUUCCAAAGACGCAUUCACCUGCUCCGGGCUCCGACUAUUAAAUCGUCUCGUCGACUGCUUCUUACCGCUCUCUCGACUCCUUCUCUCCUCCAUCUGCACUCACCGUCUCUGCAUCUCUACGCUUCUUCAUCUUCCACCACCUACUCCCCAAAUCAACAACCGCAAACAUGCCUCCCAAGCGAAUUCGAUGCACCGCCGCUCAAUGCCGGGAGCCCGCCCAGCGCAUCGUCGGCGACUGCUCCUUCUGCCAAGGGCACUUCUGCGGCAAGCAUCGUCUACUAGAAGACCACAAGUGCACUGGUCUCGAGGACUGCAAGAAGCAGUCUCACGAACGCAACGCUGCGCAACUCGAGUCGGAGCGAACCCAGGUCAUCCGGGGCGUAUAAGCACGACCAACGAGAAACACCGAGCGCCGGCCCGGGAGACGGGCGUCACUCCCACGGCCCACACCGAAAGGCGUUAUCCUUGACCGGCCACGACGUAAUGAUGGGGUUUGGCUUUCAUUGAUUUUUAUUGUUUUGGUGGCAUCUACAUCCACAGGACCUUGCAAGGCGUUGCCCGCCGUUGUGUACAUUUCUAUUCUCGGGUAGUUGAGGAUGCUGCGUUGGCGUACAGGAUGCAUGGCUUUAGGGACAUAGCAGGUUUCCCAUUUCAGCGGGGGAGCCUUUUGAAUUGAUUCACCCUCGCACAAUCAAACAAUGGAACCGUCC